AUGUUGAAUCGUCUAUCACUUAAUGGCUUUUAUUCGGUAGAUUCCUCACAAAUUGAAUCUCUCAAUAAGCCCACUUUGUCUAGGCGUCAUUACUUUGCUACAUUGUUACCAAAUCGCUUAACACAAGCAUUUACAAAGUCUGGUGGUCCUACAGAAGACGACAUUCCUUCUUCUUACUCGUCAUACUCCUCGGUAUUUGGACGCUAUCAGCCACCAAUCCUGAAGAAAAACGAGGGAACUAAGAAGCGUAUGAAAAUGCUGGGUUCUUUAGGGAGGAAAAGGCAGCAUCCGCAACGCUCUGGAUCUGAUAUCGACAGUGUAAACUCGUUUAGUACGUACGCCAAUGCGUCUGGUGCCACAGAAGAUGAUCUAUCUUCUAUUGUUGUCUCUGAGAUGGAGGACAGCAUCGUCUCCGAAGUCCUUAAAGAUCAUCACGCCUUUGAGUCAUUGUUUGUCCGCCAACCAUAUUUCAUCGGUUUGCGCUAUCGCUCAGAGGAUCAUCUGUCUAAUCAGUCCCAAUCGCAAUCUUUCACCAGUCAAGGAGAUGCGAGUGGUGCUCAGCACGGGGUCAUCAAUGUAGUGCGAAGCUACAUCAGUGCCUUGGAGGCCGCGGAACACGAUCCUGUUUAUAGUGCAUCUGCAACACAGGCUCGCCAGCGCACUCGGACUGAACGAAAUCGUACUCUUAUACGUAGUUCACGGCCCUUGGGAUUGGGGAGCUCGCGUCAAGUGCGCCAACAAAAUCUGUCAGUUUCAAGCGUGCCAGGGAACCCCAUUACCGGAACUUUGCCCCGACAUAUGCAUAGCAUUCGCGAUACGAGCCGUAGGAUGCGGGCAAUAACCCGAGUUACUGGAUAUCUAACUGACUAUUUGGAUCCAUUUACUUCCAACUCAGAAGAAGACAAUCGUCUCGGAUUUGCCAACCUGCCCGAUCAGAUGCACAGAAAGGCGGUAAAGAAGGGCUUCAAUUUCACUCUAAUAGUGGUCGGUGAGUCUAAAAUCUGUACAUCUUCAGUGGCAAUGUAA